GGAGGGGUGUUAGUCUGGCUUUAGAGUUUGCUUCUUGUGACUGCAGCUAUCACUAUUUCAAGCAUCUACUCUUGUCAACUUACACAAGUGCAAUCUGCUGUAACAGACGGAGCUUUGCUUCUUUUAGGGCAGAAGAGAUGCGGCAGACUUUUUGUUUUCCCAAACUGUUUUCUCUUGGAGGACAAAGUACACUAGGUCAUAAGGAUUCCUCAUUUUCUUGCGCACCUGUUUAGAAAACAUAUUACUAAAUUUGAGCAAGGAUUGCCAGGGAACUCUGGGUCGAGGGUUUACUCUGUUCAGAAAUUUAUGUUACACAUUCAUGAAGAAAACAGCUUCACUUCUGCCUCUGCCACAUCCCAGGAGCUCAGUUUCUUGUCCGACGGAGUGCAGUCACUGGCUUCAGUUGUGAGUGUCAGGAAAAAGGAAGAAGCAUGAAAGAAGGAAGGGGGCUUCACUGGAGCAGGGCAGUAGGAGUGGUAUUCUGUUGCAGCUGUGUUCGGAAACGAAGACCCUCUGAAAAAGUCCAUUCAGGACCAGAACAAAAACGAACACGCAGCGUAGUGGAGCCGGACAAGGAAAAUGUGGAGAAGACGUCUGGCUGCAGAUUACGGGAAUGGAUCCGAGGAAAACAUAACCAGCUGGGUGAUCAUGAACAAGCCAAAGGAACUGCAAGCCAUUCUUUUAGGACAACAGAAGAAAACACUAGAUCGUCCAAUUCUGUUUUGGUGCACAGAGCCUUCAGAGAUGAUGACAUGGACCUUGGUGCAUUGGAACACAAUUUAAGCAUGACACUUGACAAUCUCUAUCAAGACAGGCUACAGAGUGAUAAAGUUGUGCAUACAGAAAAUGGGCACAAAGUAACAAAUGGCCGGGCAGAGAAACUAACAGAGUUCCAGUCUCACGGAGUAAAACGAUCACAGCCUGUCAUUAUCCAGGGCACCAGAAAACUAAAAGAAGAGGAGCCUCAUACACUGUCAUUACCAGCUAUCCCAAACCCAUUUCCAGAACUCUGCAGUCCUUCAAAGUCGCCUAUCCUAAAAGGAACUUCAGAACACCUGCAGCAGCGAACAGGCACUCUGCAUGUUAUUAAAGUCUUCAGUGAAGAUGGUGCAUGUCGAUCGCUGGAGGUCACAACAGGUGCAACAGCACGGGAUGUGUGUGAAAUGCUGGUUGAGAAAACUCACUCAAUCCACGAUGACAGCUGGUCCCUUAUAGAACUGCACCCCCACAUUGCGCUAGAACGAUGUUUGGAAGAUCAUGAGUUUGUUGUGGAAGUCCAGUCAACGUGGCCACUAGGGGGAGACAAUCGGUUCCUUUUCAGAAAGAAUUUUGCAAAAUAUGAGUUUUUCCGAAGUCCUCCAUCCUUCUUCCCUGAAAACAUGGUAUCUGGGUACAUGGAUGCUAAUAAAGGGAUGUCCAUUUCUGAGAUUGUUCAGAAUCUCUACAAUUCUGGAAGUAAUGUUGGUAGCUGCCCAGAAUUCCAGGGGUUUCUCCAUUUGAAAGAAAUAGGAAGAAAAGCCUGGAAAAGGUUCUAUUUCUUCCUAAGGAAGUCUGGCUUAUAUUAUUCAACAAAAGGUACAUCCAAGGAACCCAGACAUCUACAGUAUUUUGCAGAGAUUGAUGAAUCUAGCAUCCUGCUUGUGACAAAUGCAAAAAAGCAUUAUAGUGCACCGACGGAGUUUGCGUUUUGUAUAAAGCCCCAAAAAGUGCGAAAUGGAACUAAAGAUUUGAAGGUCUUCUGCACGGAUGAUGAACAAAGUAGGACGUGUUGGGUUACAGCCUUUAGACUAUUUAAGUAUGGUGUGCAGCUCUAUAGCAACUACCAGAUUUCACAGUCCAAACAAAACCGACCGGGCUGGCUCAGUCAUACUCCUCUGAGGAGCGUAUCUGACAACACACUGGUUGCCAUGGAUUUUUCCGGAUGUACAGGUCGUGUUAUAAAUAAUCCAGAGGAAGCUUUGUCGGUAGCAGUGGAAGAAGGACAGGCUUGGAGGAAAAAAACUAAUCACAGAUACAGCCUUCCAAGUCCCUGUCAGACCUAUGCUCUAAGUGCUGCAAUCCACAGAGCACAGCCCUGGUUUCAUGGUCGUAUCUCUCGGGAAGAAGCACAUCGCUUGAUUAUUCAGCAAGGCCUCGUGGACGGUGUAUUUCUAGUGCGCGAAAGCCAGAGAAAUCCAAAAGGAUUUGUCCUGUCACUGUGCCAUCUACAGAAAAUCAAACAUUACCUGAUUUUACCGUAUGAAGAAGACAGCCAGCCCUACUUCACCAUGGAUGAUGGACAGACCAAAUUCACAGACCUCAUUCAGCUGGUGGAGUUCCAUCAAAUUAAUCGUGGCAUAUUGCCUUGCAAGCUCAAACACUACUGCACCUGUGUGGCACUGUGAUAUGGAAGGAGCGACACUCCCGUGCACAUCUGCAGGGCAUUUAGCUGGGGUCACUUGAGAAAUGAUUACUAUCAUGAAUGUUCACAAGACCACUCAAAACAAGUGAGUGAAGGAGCUGGGUUCUCAUUAUUUACGUUCCUACUCCCUUGCACCAAAGGUUGUGACCUGGUCUCUUGAGAAUCCAAGUGGGCAAGUUGUGCUAAUCCAAUGUCCUCUGUUUUUUCAUUUCUACCCAGGCUCAUAUUCAGAAUUUCAGUAGCAUUACAUUUGUUUUGGUAAAACUGUAAUCUGAGUUAUUGACAAUACCAGUCUGAAGAUUACCCGCAAGUGACUCUUCUUUUCAGGUAUUUUGUUAAAAGUUUUACAGAAGCACUAUCGAUGUCUGGUGCUGUUUGGAGCAUCAUAAUCCUUUAUUUACGCACAUAUGCGUCUUCUGUAAGAACAAUUUGCUCUUUUGUUUAUUUCUAAAAUGGUCACCCAAGUUAAAAUGUUCUGGUUUAACUGAUGUAUUUACUUGAAUCACAUAGCUUUGCCUCAACUAGCAGUUUUUGUGUACUAGAAAUUUGGGAUAAUAACCACCUGAUUGUUCAUAACUACAGUCAUAUUUAUAGCCUAAAAUAUUUAUUUUUAUAAGAAUAUAUUAAAUGCAGGGAAUGAGAUGGGAGUCUUUCUUGCACUCAUCCCAUCCCGACUGUCUAUUUUUUCUUACAGUGUAGUGAUGGUAAUAAAUGCCUUUCAUGAAAUUGUAUAUAUUUCAGUUUCACGUGUAGUUUUCACUCAUACUCAUAUACAUACACAUACGUACAUGCACAGUUACACAAACUGUACCACAAUCUGGCAUAAUUUUGCAUUUUUAUGGUCAAUAAGUACUUGCUUCUGACAGAAGACUUUUUUUUACUUUUGGACAGAAUUACAGACAAGAUUUAAUAGUUUGUAACACAUGGUUCUAAUUUGUGUGAAGAAAUGCAUAAGGUAUGUACAAGUACUCUAAUGAACAAACAAAACAUUUUUUCUGGUCUGGUAAUCAGAUUUUGAUCCAACAAUUCUUGCUCAAAAUCAUUCAUUCCAGACCAUCUGACAGUGGAGUUUCCUGCGUUUAUCGAAGAAUCCAUUCAUUCUAACAGUUAAGACUAUCAGUAGCCAAUAAACUGUUUUUUAUUUUAACUGGAAAAUUUUGCUCAGGUUGAUUAGGUGGUUGCUGACCACACAGUUGUCAGACUCAAACUUUCUUCCUGUUGGCUAUGUAAGUUAAUACUGUUCUUUAUUUAACCCUCUGAAUCCUUUGUUCCUAUGUAACUUAAGACAUUGCUUACUCAGUUUCAAAAUAAGGUUUCUGCUGAUAGAGUUUUGCAUUUCUGCUGUUUAUGUCCACAUUCUUUGGGGCUAAUGUUCUGUACUCUGAUUUCUUUCCAUCUUUGAUAUAUCUUUCCUGUGUCCACAUUGAGUUGCCUGUUCUGCAACACAGAUUAACUGCAGUCAAACCCGUAUGUCCAUUUCUCUUGCUCCUGCAGCAUAAGUGACUUGACCACUUUUGACUGCUUGAAACAUCAACUUAUAUUUGUUUGAACUUGCAAAUGUCAUCAAUGAUUAAUAAUAAUCUCUCCUACUUACAGCCUCAAAUACAACAUAGUAAAAUAGUAUGUUCUUUAAUGGGUCAGCAAAAUAUAAACAUUUCAAGUGUCUGUCUUGAACUUUAACAAAGAAGUACAUUUUUGUGUCUGGAUGCAAAGAUCAACUGUACAGUACUAGAAUCACUGCAGUUAACACACACUGCAAACAAGGGUAUGUUAAGGAACACAUUUAGGUGAUUUCUGAAGUUAUUUUACACCACACAAGCCUGUAUGUUCCCAUGACUAGGCCUUUCACAUCUGUUACCUAAAGGUUCUCAGUCCUAUGUCAAACUACAUAAGGAAAUGUGAAGUACAUACUUUCAUUAAAAAAGUGUUUAUUCUCCACAAGGUUCUCGGAUGCUGGACAGCACUUACAGUGGGAGGCAUAACUCUUAGCAAAAGCAUAUCAUAAAACUGACUACUGCUUUUGAUGAUUAUAUUUAGUAGCAUUUCUUACAGAAACUUUUUGGGGCUUAAUUUUAUAGGUAUUUACUGUUUUUUGCUAUUUGUAAUUUUGAUUAAAUGAUCAUCAGUAAAGUUUUGCGAACCCAUGAAUUUGAAAAGUAGCAGAGAGCAGUAUCCUCCGUGUCAGUCACAGCUUUUUAAAGCCUUCUGUCCACUAUAUUCUUCAAAUGCUUCACUGAUGUGUGGGAGUUACCAUCACUGAAAUCACCCACAGUAGGAAGUGGACAUUAACAUUUGUACUCCACACAUGAUAGUGUUAAAGCAGAACUGCAAACAUCUCUGGAAUUACACUCAUACCAAUUUUCUAAAAGCAGCAUUUGUCCACCUGAAAUCUGGAAAUGUAUUUUUAUAUGCUAAUCUUGUUUGUAUGGUAGCAUUUUGCAUAGAUAGGAAAGUUAUAUCACAUUUAUUGCUACCACAUUAAAAAAAAAAAAACACUUCUCCUUAUUUUGUACCUAACACACAGUUAUCCCAGGAGUGUGUUUCUGCCACUGCUGUCUAAUGUAAAAGAGGUAAGAGCAGGUUUAUUGCUUCUUAAAACAUCAAAAUGUUGUGAUGGCUCCCUACUGAAAUGUUGGCACUUCAAAAUGCUAAGUGUCAAAAGCUGGGAAAAAAAAGACUCACAGAUAGCCAUACCUUGGAGAAAAGGGAAUAUUCUAAGAAAUGACAUCUCAGACUUGGUAUAUACAAAUCUGAUCUUUCGGCCAUUCAGUCUCCAUGUUUCAGGACUCAAGUUGUUAAAUCCUCCAGAGUCCACUGGCAAGUUGUGUAAAAUCACCAGCUGUCUGUACCUGGUCUUGCCUUUCUGCUUAAUUAUAGCAUGCUUUGGUUAAACUGACCCAUGCCAUUCUCUGUAACAGGGAAACAAGUACAGGGGAGCUUAACUGAAAUGUUUUUGUGAAAGUGAAGCUUCUCACAGCUGUUUAGUUCAUUUCAUUAAUACCUGCCCAGAAUUAUAUAUUUGUUUAAGCAAUCUUUGUGUUCUGUAUAUAAAAGCAGGAUGUCAGUCAGUAUAGCAACACUUUCAGGUAGAGACUACAUGACUGAUUCUGUGACUACUUGCUGGUAUUCUGGAACUGUGCAUCUCUGAUCCAAACUUUGAUCCUGAUUGCACUGCAUUUCUGAAAUGGUAAUCCAACUUUUUUGAAAAAAGCAACAGUUGCUAAAACAGAUCAUAUUUAAUUGCUUGCUGGCUCUUGGAUUUAGAUUUUUGCCAUGUUUUUCUGUGACAUAGAAAAGAAUGGAAUUUUGAAAGACAUUCCUCCUUAUUUUUUCUUUUUUUAAAGACAUUCCUCAUUUUGAAACUUAAAAGAUAGACCAUGAAAGCCUUGUUUAGAUAUUUCAUUUUAGAAUUCUUGUGAACAUUAUAUGCAAUCUUUUUUAUUAAAUAAGAUCCUUAGUGAUUAAAAAAUUUAAAGACAAGAAAGAUCAUUUUACCCUCCUGUUAUAUCCCACUGUUGGCUUGGUGGCAUGAGCCUAAACUGUUAUGCAGCCAGGUUUUAAAAUUCUGCGUCACUGAUGACUUAAUACGUUAGAACAAACAGUGAGCAGCAAGGUUAAUGGAUCAGUGAUGCUGAAUCAACUAGAAAUGCCUGUAGCCUACAAGUAAUAUUGUUUUGUAUAUACACACUUACGCACCCCAGCAGUUCUCAGGAGAACACUUUCCAAUUAGCAAACUAAAAAGGCUUCAACCUAAGAAUAAACAGCAGCUCCACACAAGUUGUUUUGUUGUCUGGUGCUACAUUGAAACAGAAUGAAACCAUUGACUGUAGUGAUUUAAUGACCACAGAAACAGACUAAAUAAAACAGCCUGUUCAUAGUGUUUUUUUUUUUUUAUUCUUGAUGGCACAGAUAACCCCACAAGCAUUAUCUUUCAAUUGUUAAGCGCAGGAGAAUUUACUUUUGAUAGCAGAUGUCCAUGUGUGACACUGACAUGCUUUGAGUGCAUCCUUGUGGGCCAGAAAUUCUGGUUUGCCACCAAAAAACAAGAAAGUGGAGAUAGCACUACUGCAGAGUUGCUGCUAAUAGUGCCUAGAAUGGAAAGGGAAGCACAUGUUUAAAUUCACAGUAUUUUUUGCUGUAAUAUAAUAUUGUAAGAGUGAAUAGGUAUCACUGUAAUACUGUCUCCAAAUUCUCCCAGUUCUAAGAGGAACAUGGUUGUUUGCUUUUAUAGUUAAGCAUAUAAAUAUAUAUGAAAACAUGUUUUCUAGUAUAAAAAAACGCAUGUCUGCUGUUGCCAGAGUAAACAUGUCCUUUUCUGGAUUUAAAGUAAUCCUAAAUGUAGUUGUGUGCACUUGUGGUCUUGUAGGAGUAAUUAUUAUUUUAGUCUGCAGUGCAUCCUGAACUCAGUGUGUGCAGAAAUUUACAAUGAGAAUGUAUCUGAAAGUGUAUAAGUACGGUAUCACUAAGUUAAUAUAGCCUCGGUAAGACAGAGACAUUUGUCUUGGCAUCAGUAAGGAUUUCUUCAGUGUUGCACAUAACUUUACAACCUGAACUAGACUUGGUUUGAGAGCAGAGGUAACGUGACUGAAUAGUUGUAUACUGGGUACGGUUGCAUGAAAGAAGACAUCAGAUUUACACAAACAGGAAGCUGUGGAGUUCUUAUACUCUGCCACCUUCUGAUAAUUUCCUAGCCACAGUGUAUAUUUUACCAACAGAAGACUAUACUGCCUUAUGAUUUGGUCAAUACUAAAUCACUGGAAACUAAUCGGUGUAACUUACAGUACAGAGAAGAUGAAAAGUAGAGUUCUCUCUGUAAAUGCAAUGAAUACUAGGAACAAAUGAUCUAAUGUCAGAAAAUGUUAAGUGCUCUAUUAAUGUUUUUAGAUUUUUCUCCUGUCAUAGGAGGCAUACACCAGACUUGUAAUUAGCAAAAAUUUAAGUCAAGGAGGUACCAAGCAAAUGACCUGGUUAUUUAUAUGUUAACAGCAACUUGUUGCUUUUUCAAGAAAUCUGCAUUAGUAUUUUAGAAAACAAGACUAGAUUAUGGCAUGUUUAUAAUGUUUAAAUCUAAUGAUGACUAAGAUAUCCAAAUGAUAAUACAUUUUUUGCUGAUUCCAUAUAAAAUUAAGCAUAUGCAACCACAAAAAAGUUCAUCACAGACUUUCCCUGUGAUUCAACAACCCACUAAGUGUACACCGUUCUGAAUGAACAGACAACACUGGCAUAACUCACACCUUC